GCUUGGUUGGAUCCGACGACGUCGCGUAAAGUCUUGAAGCAAACUCGAUGUCACAGUUGUUUUGCCUUGCAGUCGACGGCGAGCGUGGCGGACGUUGCACGAGCGACGUACGCGCAAUCGGUUGUGGCUGCCUGCACAAGAAUGCACGCAUUCGGCCAUAGUUUUGGGACGCCGAACCGGUCUUCUCUUUGGAAUCGAUGGGUAUUCAAGGACGUGCUGUCUACCGAGUAUACCAACUGCAUUGGCAAGGACAUUACGUAUCGCAACGUGACCGGCAAGUCGUGUGUCGAUGGACAUCAAGGGCAAGUUACUUGA